UAGACAACAUCCUGUUGUUGGGGCGCUCCUCUCUCUUUUUCUGCACAUCUGGCUGAACUGGGAGUCAGGUAGCUGACUCGGGCCCGGCUUGCAGCAGCGGUGGUGGCAUCUGCCUUGGGUGGUCCGACGCCUCAGCGGCGGAGAGUCCCCCAGGCCAUGGACACGGUGGCUGUGUACCACGGCAAAAUCAGCCGGGAGACGGGGGAGAAGCUCCUGUUGGCCACGGGUCUGGAUGGCAGCUAUCUGCUGAGGGACAGUGAGAGCGUCCCGGGCGUGUACUGCCUCUGUGUGCUGUAUCAAGGUUACAUUUAUACAUACCGAGUGUCCCAGACAGAAACAGGUUCUUGGAGUGCUGAGACGGCCCCCGGGGUUCAUAAAAGAUUUUUCCGGAAAAUAAAAAAUCUCAUUUCAGCAUUUCAGAAGCCAGAUCAAGGUAUUGUCAUACCUCUGCAGUAUCCAGUUGAGAAGAAGUGCUCAGUUAGAAGUGCACAAGGUACUACAGGGAGAAGAGAAGAUCCUGAUGUCUUCCUGAAAGCACCAUGAAGGAAAAUAAAAUACCUUGUACUUUAUUUUCUAUAAUUUAAAUAUAUGCUAAGUCUUAUAUAUUGGAGAUAAUACAGUUCAGUGAGUUUCAAAUGUAUUUCUAAAACCAUCAUCAUCCUGUAAUGGAAGUGUCUAGCAUGAUGUAAAAGCUGAAAUGGACUUUGCUGAAAUGAGGAACUUUGAAAUGAGGACUGGGAAAAAAGAAUUCCACAUGUUAUUUUCAGUUCUAUUUGUGAAUGGGAAAUGAUUCAAAACACAAUGAUACUUUAUAAAACAUUAAUGUCAAUUCUUGCCAAAUAUAAAUAAAAAUAACCCUCAGUUUUUCUCUAAAGCAC